UUUCAAAGUCCUCAACAUGAAUCAUUAAUUUGGAGAUUUGGUGUCUGGAUUGGAGGGAGGAGUCGUGUACCUGGAGUGGUCUAUAGUUUCCAGUUGGUUGGUUGGGUGGGUUGGUGGGUUUGUGUGUGUGUAGUGGUAAGAUCUUUACCUUGGGCCUCCCACUCCCACCCCAAGAACUUGCACGUAAACAUACCUGUAGUUGUGUCUGCACCCUGGAGAUAUUUCAAUUUCUCUCCCUACUUUUCCACUGCACCCUUCACAUGAGGUAUGUUUCAUGCUCUCUAGAGAAGGAUACAUAAAAACACCUUAACUCACCCCCCUCCCCAAUUCUUGUGCCUCCCCAGGCAAAAAAUCCCCUGAGAUCCAACUUCCAUUUGCAUCUUCUCAACCACUUGUUAGGUCUAUCAGGGGAGGGAGUAAGGAGGCCUGAACUACUUUUGCAUUCCUCCCACUCCCUCCAUCCCCCAACUCACUCCGGCCCCCUUUAAGAAGACAGAAGAAAACAGCUUCCCAGGGAAGCCAUCACUGAGAGAGUCCAGAGAAGUGGCCCAAAUUAUUCUAGUUUAAUACUUGGUAUUACUGUUUCCCUCAAACAGUCUCCAAUGCUCGUGAACAGGAAGAGAACAGGAUCUGGGAUUGGGGUGAAGAAGGGAAUCUGGAAAUUUUUUUCCCAGUUCCCCAUUUUGUCUUCACUUUUCUCAGGCUUCUCCACUUCCUCUUCUCUUUUCCAAAAUUGUGUGUAUUCUCCUUUAAGGGGCCGGGCAUCUCUCCCGCCCUCUCCAGAGUCAACUGAAGUUUCCGAGGAGCCUCCUCUAGCUGGGCUGGACACACCUUUCAAAAGACCCCAAAUCGUGCUCUGUGCACCUCAAAUACCCCUUUCCUUUGAGUCCUCCCCCUGCCCCUCGCCCUGACUUGCCUCCUCUCAACUACAAGAUUCAGCCUCUCCCCAAGGGGCUUGAGCAUCCUCGAGGUUUCCCACUCUUAACUGCUCCGUCCCCGGAUGGAGCCAGAGAAAUGUGGUGGGGGGGCCGGGGCCAGAGUUUCAACAUCGCCCCCCAGAAGGAGGAGCCAGAAAUGGGGCUUUCUGGACCAAAGUCUGUUCAGGGGAGUCAGAUGCCGGAGCCCAGGAAUCGUCAGCUUGGCAGUUGCCUGGCCUCUGGAUGCCUCCCAGGGGAGCAGAUCCUAGCAUGGGCCCCAGGGCUGAGGAAGGGGCUGGAACCUGAAUUGCCUGGAACCCUGAUCUGCACCAACUUGAGGGUCACCUUUCAGCCCUAUGGAUGGCAGCGGAGUCAGGAGACUCCCUUGAGCAGUGAAUAUGAUUUUUCCCUGGUCAACAUUGGGCGAUUAGAGGCUGUGGGUGGCCUGUCCCGAAUCCAGCUCCUCCGUCCAGGGUCCCUGCUUAAAUUUAUUCCUGAGGAGAUUCUGAUUCACGGCCGAGACUUCCGGCUGCUCAGAGUUGGUUUUGAGGCUGGAGGACUAGAGCCCCAGGCCUUUCAGGUGACCAUGGCCAUUGUCCAAGCCAGAGCCCAGAGCAGUCAAGCCCAACAAUAUGCAGGGAUAACCCUGAGCAAGGCUGGCCAAAGUUCUGGUUCCAGAAAACCACCUAUUCCCCUCUUGGAGACAUCAGAAGACUGGGAGACUGAGCGGAAAAAGCAGGGGGCCAAGGGCUGGAGGGUCAGCACCGUCAACGAGAGGUUCGACGUAGCCACCAGCCUUCCCCGUUACUUGUGGGUCCCUAACCGAACUCUGGACAGUGAGGUCAGGAGGGCAUUUGGCCACUUCCAUCAGGGCCGUGGACCGCGCCUGUCCUGGCAUCACCCUGGGGGCAGUGAUCUUCUCCGCUGUGCCAGCUUCUAUACAGCCAGUGACCCCAACAAGGAGGAUAUCAGAACAGUGGAGUCGAUGCUCCAGGCUGGGCAUUCAGAUGUUGUCCUGGUAGAUACAAUAGAUGAGCUGCCUAGUCUUGCAGAUGUCCAACUUGCUCACUUGAGGCUGAGGGACCUCUGCCUGCCUGAUUCAUCUGUAGCUGAGGAUAAAUGGCUCUCAGCCCUGGAAGGAACACGAUGGUUGGACUAUGUCAGGUCUUGUCUUCGAAAGGCCAGUGACAUCUCAGUCUUAGUGACAUCCAGAGUUCGCUCUGUAGUACUUCAAGAGCGCGGUGAUCGUGAUUUCAAUGGCCUCCUCUCUUCACUCGUCCAGCUGCUUUCAGCCCCUGAAGCCCGAACACUGCUUGGCUUCCAAUCACUAGUGCAGCGAGAGUGGGUGGCAGCUGGACAUCCCUUCCUGACCCGACUUGGGGGAACUGGGGCCAGUGAAGAGGCCCCAGUGUUUUUCCUCUUCCUUGAUUGCGUCUGGCAGCUCCUCCAGCAGUUUCCAGCUGAGUUUGAAUUCUCUGAGUUUUUCCUUCUUGCUCUUCAAGACAGUGUCAGGGUUCCUGACACCCUUACAUUCUUGAGAGACACUCCCUGGGAGCGUGGAAAGCAGAGUGGACAGUUCAACUCCUAUCCACAAGUCUAUACCCCAGGGUACUCCCAGCUCCCAGCUGGGAACUCUGUUAACCCACAGCUGUCUGUCUGGGACUGGGAUUUACGCUACAGCAAUGAACAGAUACUACAAUUCCAUAAUCCUGGCUAUGACCCGGAACACUGCCCAGAUUCCUGGCUCCCUAGACAGCAGCCAAGCUUCAUGGUUCCUGGACCCCCCAGUUCUGUGUGGCUCUUCUCUAGAGGGGCCCUGACCCCCCUGAAUCAGCUCUGCCCUUGGCGGGACAGUCCCUCCCUGCUGGCAGUCUCUUCUCGUUGGCUCCCUCGACCUGCUAUCUCCUCUGAAAGUCUAGCUGAUCAGGAGUGGGGGCUCCCCUCACAUUGGGGAGCUUGCCCUUUACCCCCAGGGCUGCUGCUGCCUGGAUAUCUGGGACCCCAGAUCAGACUCUGGAGACGCUGCUACCUGAGGGGAAGGCCUGAGGUCCAGAUGGGCCUCUCGGCUCCCACAAUCUCUGGCCUCCAGGAUGAGCUAUCCCAUCUUCAAGAGCUAUUAAGGAAAUGGACACCAAGAAUAUCUCCUGAGGAUCACUCCAAGAAAAGAGAUCCAAAUACCAUUCUCUCCAAUCCCGUUGAAAUUGCUGGCUUUCUCAUGGGCAGGGCAGAGGGCAGUCUACGAUGGGGAAGGGUUCCUCUAAUCCUUCAGUUUUUCUUAUCUGGUCUUGCUGCCUCAGCUUUUACACUCCAGCCCUUAAACAAGCUGGCUGACUUGUUUCCAUUGCAGAUGGCGGGGUGCUAACCUUCUCUAACUCUUGUCCCGUCUCAUUUGUUUCUUAUAAUUUGAAGAAUUAAGAAACAAAAACAAUCCAAAGUAUGAUCACCUCUUUUUUUCAGGGAAAUUGCAUCCAUUUUGGAUAUCCAGCUGUUAAAUUGUGAGAUAAGAGAUGCUAUUCAACAGUCCCAACAAGAAGGUCUACAGACCUCAGUCUCACCUCCUCUUGCUGCUUCUUUAACUCUAAUUUCUAUUUCUUCCCUUACAGUUUUCUAUGGGUAUGUGGAGUGGAUAUGGGAGACACCCUGUCUCUUCCAAUUGUGUAUUUUUGUAGUGACAUUUCUAUUAAUGAGUUCAUUAAAGCUCAGUAUUUAUACACACUGCUGGCAUAGUUUCUUGUGUUUGAAUAAAAGAUCCCAGGUAAGUGGUGGAUGGAGGGUGGCUGUGACCCAAGAGAAGGCGGCACCCACCACAUAUUGCUAAGGAAAUAAGGGUAUGUGUCAGGUGAGGCUCUGCAGAAUUCAUAUGCAAUUUGGGAAAAGUGUUCUCUUUUCUGUGCCUCUCAUUUAGGGGAAACAUGGGGCAAAAGCAUACCAAGGUGUUGUCGCUGCGGCGAGCGGUAUGUUCUGGACGUUAAGACUGAGGACCCCGGGCGUCAGUGUCAACCGCCCUCAGCUUCGGUCGCACUCCAUCUCUGAGCCCCAGGUUCCCCUCACCCCCCUGUGCAAUAACGAUUCGGUGAACUCAUACGUCGCUCCAGCUCAGACAUUCCGCAAUCCCCUCCCCUGAGGGAAAACGAAAUACCUGAAGCCCAGCCCGGCGGUGAAGCCGCAUCUGCCCAAAGGCGGCUGCCCGGGGUGGAGAGCUGCCUCCGCGCUCGAAGCAGCCGAGUCCUUGGGGUGGGGGGGUUCCUCAGCACACCCUUCUCUGGGGAACAAAAGAAGGAACAUUU